AUGGGGCACCCACAAGAUCGACAUCCAAGCGGCGACUCACACAGUGUGGACCCGACAUCUAUCAGGACUUCAUCAUCAUCUCUUUCUUCAUCCAUAGACCACCCACCCCCAUCACCAUCUUCAGUCACUAGUUCGGACUCUGACAAUCUUGUCAUUGCCACCGACAGUGACACCAGCUCUAUCUCGUCACUGGGCGAGGGACGUCUGCGGCGAAGCGGGAGGCUGCUUCAAAAACAGGAAAAAUCUGGGCAGCCCCUGCAACCCGCUAUUGCGGAAGAAAAUCAACUGCAAACGCCACCUGCCUCAGCAAAAGAAAACCCAAAACAUGUCGAAACAGCAGAACAGGUAAAUCCUGUACUGCCACAACAAUGCCAGGGCACAGAAAUCGAAAUCACAAAAUCUGAUCGCCCCCAAAAACCAACAACAGAUAUCAGUGCGAACUCAGAAAGCGCAGCACCAACGCCAAAGGCCACCCAGAUGACGUCAGAGGGCGGCAACAGGGGACAGGAGAAAACAAGUCCAGUAGCUCCCCAGGCGCAAGAGGGCCCCACGCAAAAUAGAAAUCAAAGACCUAACAGAGGUCGAAGGGUUCCCCCUAUCACUGUGUUCGAGACAAAAGGGUACACGACCUUGAUAGGGCAAAUCCAAGGAAAACUAACGGGUGCCCUCAGUUCCACAUACAAGGGUGAUAGCAUCGUCUAUCAGGCUACAAACCCAGAGGAUUUUCACUACCUCAAGCAAGAAUUCAGAAAGUGUAAUCUAGAAUUCUUUACGUAUAACGACGACCCGAAGAGUACACUGAAGGUCGUCGUUAAAAGACUGACGCUCUACUGGACCCCAGAGGACGUCAAGAAUGCACUCUCCGAGAAGGGCUUUCCGGUGCAAGACAAAAGGGAAGAACCGGCCAUAAGUGCCAACUGUAGGGGCAACCAUCCAGCCUCCUUCAGGGGCUGCCCAGAAAGACUGAAGAUCGUCCAGGCGUGGGAGCGCCAGCGAGCAUCAGCUCCCAGAAGGCAGGAACCACUUCCCAGAACGCCACUGAGAAACCCCAACCCCCCUCCAGCUCCCCCCGUGGUAGAAAUAAACCCUCCACCAUCCCCAACACCUGCCAGAGCAGAAACCACAAGCCCUCCAAACCCUGCCCAACCCCAGCGGAGUACACAACCACCCGCUCCACAACAUCAACCACGCCACGAAGAAAGCCCUACUGGCAACAGGACUUUAGCCAAGGUCGUCUCUCCCCCACAAAACAUACCCCUGCCCACCCCAACCCAACCUGAAACAGAGAAGGCAGAGACAACACCACCGCCCUCAACAUCAAAGGCCACAAAUGUACAACCACCAAGGGCCAUACCAGCCCAAGCCAUACCCACCGAAUCCGCCCAAGCCACAGCUGCACCAGCAGAUACCAACAACACUAUUAACAUCCCGUCCUUGAAGGCAUAA